AUGGUUUUGUCACUUUGACGAUGACAAUUACGUUAACGUGCCUCGUUUGCUAAAGUUAUUGGACAACUACAAUCCUCGAGAGGACUGGUAUCUUGGCAGGCCGUCGAUACCAAAUCCAUUAGAGAUAGUAAAGGGUGGAGAUUCCACGAAAAGACCGCAAAAAGUCCGAUUCUGGUUCGCCACGGGUGGCGCCGGUUUCUGCAUCAGCAGGGCGCUUGCUCUCAAAAUGAUACCAGUGGCUGGAGGUGGCAAAUUCAUUACAGUAGGCGAUAGGAUAAGACUGCCAGAUGACGUAACAAUGGGUUAUAUAAUUGAACAUUUGUUGAAGAAACAACUCACCGUAGUAGAGCAGUUUCAUUCGCACUUGGAAAUACUCAAGUUCCUUAACAAAGAUACGCUGCAUAAUCAGGUAUCAUUCAGUUAUGCCAAAGGUCCUAAAGAUGAAUGGAAUGUAGUAAAAAUAGAUGGUUUUGAUAAGAAAAAAGAUCCAAGCAGGUUCAAAUCUUUACAUUGCUACUUAUUUCCUGCAGCGUCUAACUGUCCGCGAAGAUGAUGGUUCUUACGGCGAGGCAGAGGCCACUACGCUUCUCAUCGAUAUAAUCGUCAGUAGUAACUCAUUCUUAUUGACAUUCGUGAUGGCCACUACGUUUUCUUGGCAAAAAGCUGUUAGCAGAAAUCUUGUAUAAAGAAAAUAUAUUUAUACAUGGAUUUUCGAAGUACGAACGAGCUUAUUUUGAUCGAAUAAACGACUAUAACGAAAAUACGAAAAAAAUUUCUUCGUGUCUUCGUUAUUAAGUUAAUUCAUUGUACUCGUUAGUGGUUGAUAAUUUUUUUUAUCUAUUUUCUUUCAAUUUUUUUGCAUUACGAAGAAACGUUUGUAAAUACUCAUGUAUACUAAAGUUGUAUCUUCUGUUAAUUGAAAUUAAAUUUUAUGUGAGUAACUUUGUAAAAAGUCAUUCGCAAUGUGAAUAAUCCUUGAUUUUAGUAAAAGUUUAAUCAAAGACAUUUUUUCUAAACGUUGCAAUUGUUUAGAAGGUAAUAGUAAUUGAAACAAUAUUGAAAUAAAUUUCUAAGCACAUCUUAGCACAUCUAAGCGCAUUUAGAAAAUUUAUGUAUUUAGGUUUCUUAAGUACGCGUAUUUAUUUUAAAAAGUACCAUAAAAUACAUUCUAUCUAUUCAAAGUAGUCAGUACUACUUGCUUCAGAAUGCGCUGGGAUUCGCAUUUUUAUAAUUUAGUGAUAAAGAUAGUCGCGCUGAAUUUCAUGACGUACUAAACAUUAUUCAGUUGUCGCAAAUAUCUUUAAACUACUUUGAUAUACAUUUAUUCAAGUACCACUCUCCUCAAAUGCAACUUGAAUAACUUGAGUGCCAAUGACUUUAAUCAUAAUAUUUCUAAAAAUCGUCGAAAAAAAUGUGAAAUCUUGAAUAUUUAAAAACACAAUCUUUGUAACAUGAAUGUAAUUUUGCACAGAUAAAUAGCAUUGUAUAUUGUAAGCUAGUCCUUUUUAUAAUAAGCUUAAAACUGUACACAAAUGUGAUAUCUGAUUUUUAAAUAAUAGGUUUGAUCGAUAAUUAACAUAAAUACUCAACUAAGUUAUUGUAUAUUUUGUUACCUCUUUUUAUGUUCAUGUUCAUGUACAUAGUAGUGUAAGGAUGCAAAAUAUUUAUCGAUUUUAAUAAAGCAAAUUAAAACAAAAAACUA